AUGCCACAUUGGCAAUCCGUGUAUCACCCUCUCCACCAAUUAGGGUGGAUUCUAGAGCCCUAUAUAAUUCCAUUCUACUCAGAAACUUAUUUCAUUGCCUCCUGUCUCAGUUCUCACACAUUCUUUCCGUCCUUCCUUCGAAACGCAAAUUCUAGGGUUAGGUUUUCCAAUUUAUUCGCCUAUCAGAAAAUGAGUUCAACCGGUGGUUCAACCAAGGGUGGAAGGGGCAAGCCCAAGGCCUCCAAAUCCGUUUCAAGAUCGCAGAAAGCUGGUCUCCAAUUCCCUGUUGGGAGAAUCGCUCGAUUCCUGAAGGCUGGCAAAUAUGCAGAGCGUGUUGGUGCUGGUGCUCCAGUUUACCUCUCUGCGGUUCUUGAGUAUCUUGCCGCCGAGGUUUUGGAACUGGCUGGAAAUGCUGCUAGGGAUAACAAGAAGAAUCGAAUUGUUCCGAGGCACAUUCAGCUUGCGGUGAGGAAUGAUGAGGAGCUUAGUAAAUUGUUGGGUUCUGUCACCAUUGCCAACGGAGGGGUUUUGCCCAAUAUUCAUCAAACUCUUCUUCCCAAAAAGGUUGGCAAGGGGAAGGGCGAAAUUGGUUCUGCUUCUCAAGAGUUUUAG